AUGGAAGUGAAAAGGAUUGCGUUUGUUGUGUGCCUAUUUGUGGCUUUUGGAAAUUGUCUUCCACGAGAAAAUGCCAAAUCGAAACCGGACGAAUUCGAAGAUACGUACGGCGGCACGAACGACGAAGACGUCCAGAACGACAACUACGACGAGUACGGCGCGACGGACGUCGAGGCGCCUCCCGAUGACGCCAACGACGUGCUCAAGCCCGAGGUGGAGGCCUACAUCCUGACCAAGCCGCAGGUGGUGGUGGCGAAGUUCGGAGACACGGUCAGGCUGCCUUGCGAAGUCUCCAAUUCAGAAGUGGUGACGGUAUGGCAGAAGGACGGCACUCUGAUCUACCAAGGCCACAUCCCCAUCGGCAAGCUGCCUAACACGCUCGAGUAUGCCAACGGUAGCCUAGAGGUGAACGUGACCGCCGAACGGGACUUCGGCAGCUACGCAUGCGUCCUGAUGGUGGCCAACGAGGAGAAGAAAAGGCCGCAGGUGGUGCACCGGAUCGUGCCCGUCACGCCGGCCAAUAUCGAGUCUCUGGUUGCCAAGAACAACAAGACUGUGUAUAAAGUUGGAGAAAGCCUGACCUUGACAUGCACGGCUAGCGGAUAUCCCAAGCCAGAAAUAUCCUGGCACAGGGGAAGCAAAAGACUGGCGAUCCAUGGAAACACUCUCAUGAUUCCUGAACUGAAGGUCGAAGAAGGCGGUGUCUACAGGUGUCUAGCUGACAACAAGGUCUCCAAACCCAGCCACCACCAUAUCACGAUCUCUGUUGAACAUGCUCCGAUAAUCGAAAUCGAGAAAUACAUCGUGAACGCCGACCAAGAGAGCGAAGCCGAGCUAACCUGUACAGUGGACGCCUACCCCGAAGCACACGUGGUCUGGAAAAAGGACAACACGAACAUCGUGUCCAAAGGCAACGUGACGGUAACCGUGAAGAGACACCAGAACACGCUGGAAAACGUGCUGGUCAUCAAUGGCCUGCGAGAAGAGGACUUCGGAGCGUAUGUGUGCUUGGCCAAGAAUGGAUUAGGAAAGGUGGAGAAGAAAGUGAGCUUGGUGAAAACGCCAGCUGUGAGGGAGUUCGUGAAGCCAGACAAGGCUAACAGAGAUGUUGUGUUGGCGUGGAAGGUCGAGUCCAGGUCGCCCAUUUCCAUGCACGAAAUUCAGUACAGGAAAAAAGGGGAAGAACAAUGGCAAACGGCCAAACCAGAAGUGGACAAUGGAGUACAUAAUAUGUACACCGUUAAGUACACUCUCAAAGACUUAGAUGCCGGUAGCUAUGAAACGAGAGUGCGAUCAAGAAAUAAUCACGGUUGGUCAGAAUUUUCUGACAUCAUACCGUUCGAAGGAGUUUUGGCAAAACAUGGCUCAGCUCACAAAAACCACAACAAAAAACACCAUAAAGACAAGAAAGAAAAACACAUUACUUCGACACCUGGAUUCAUAACUGUUCAGCAGCGAGAGAUUAUUCAGAAUGAAGCAUCUGUAGGAGAAACACACAUUGCUUCGACACCCGGGUCCUUACCAGCACAGCAUCAAGAGAUUAAUCAGAAAGAAGCAUCUGUAGGAGCUUCGCAAUCAAGUGGCCACCGAUCUUCCAUAUCUUCGACGGCAGUUCUGAGCAUAGUGCUGAUCCUCAUCUGGAUCAACAGACAGUGA